AUGGCGGACCCAGCCACCCCUCCCCACCACCUCCCGUUCCACCAGGACCCACCUGCUCGACUUCCGCCAUCUUGGGCGGGAUCUUCAAGACUCUCCAAUCUGACUACCCCACGCCGUGUUCGCACUCCUGUCUUUGCGAUGCAGCAGUCGCAAGAUGCAUACCUGAUGCCAGCGACUCCCGCCAGCGCUCGUCGGGCCUCUGCCGACUAUCGCCCCAGCGUCAAAAAAGCCCAGGGCCAUGUCCCCGCAUGUCUGGUCAAUGCCUCGGUGACAUACUGUAGCGAUGAUCGCAUCUAUGCCUUUGGGGGAUUUGACCAGUUCAGCGAUGAAGUGUAUAACCACGUGCUCAGGCUGGAUUUGAAUACUCUACGAUGGGAAUUGGUGGACAACUACGGAGAUAUCCCUGGGGCCUUUCUUCUAAUUCCCGAUCUUUUUCUUCUUUCAGGACACACCGCAACCCUCUACCAUAGCGACAAAUUGAUUGUCUUUGGAGGCGAGAAUGAGCACCAGGAAUUCUUAUCGGACGUCGUCAUUCUUGAUCUCCAAACUUUUAUGUGGACUCUUCCGGAAACUCGUGGACCGAUACCUAGAGGGAGAGCACGGCACGCUGCAGUCAUCCAUGAUGACAAGUUAUUUAUCGUCGGUGGAGUGACCGGGGAGAAUAAUAUCAUAUUGGAUGAUUUGACAUACCUGGAUCUACAAACAUGGACAUGGUCAAAGACAUGGAGCUUCACUGCUAGAUUUGACCAUAUAGCAUGGGUAUGGGGUAAUCGCCUGUGGAUAUUUGGUGGGCUAGGCCCAAAUAUGGAACGAACAUCCGACCUCUGGUGGCUGGACCUCAAAGGUUCUCCUUCCCUGACUGGAAUCAUCUCUUCCCAAGGUACCGACAAUCUCCCAGACACCCGGAUUCCCUUGGCUCAUUACCCAGACUCUAUCUCUAGUCCGUCCUCACAGCAAAUGUCGCCACGGUCCGGUAUCUAUGCUGCCAAUUCUGCAAGUGUUCAGGUGCGCAACUUCGCUCGUCGCAAGCCAUUGGCUCCUGGUGCUAUCUCUUGCUUGCGUUUCCAUUCGGGCCCACAUGUACCGCAACUUUUCUCUGGACUUCAUUUCCAGUCUUUCGUCUCCGGCGUCCUACUCGAUUUGGCUACCCCUUCAGAGACUCUGCGCUCACAUGACUGCAAAUUGUCCUCUUUGGAUAUGAAUUCCCAGCGCUGGCAGCGGCUGGCUGAAGGACAUGAAAUUUUCCGUCCCGAGUAUCGCUGGCAUUAUUGUAUUGUCAAUGAAGCGGGGACCAAAGCAUGGUUGCUCGGUUGUAGCCUGAACUUGAACAAUGCACCCGGCGCAAAUGACGAGAAUCACAUGGGCGAGGUCCUUACGAUCGAUCUGGAAAAAUACGGGCUACUUGGCAAUGAAUUAUCGGCGGAGGCCCCUGAACAGGAAAAUAACUGGGCAGCUGACCGGCCAGGUCACGCACCCAUCUCUAGCCUUGGGGCUGAUCUUUCUGCCGUGUUUGACCAAUCCCCCGAGUCAGGUAGCGGUGCGGACUUUAUCAUUACUGCUAUCCGUGACGAUCAUGACUAUUCUGUAACAGAUGAUAUGGGGGACACCCCGGUCACAUCUCCGACUCAGGGUCAGCCAACAUUCGUGGAACCGAGCUCCGCUACAUCCGACCCCAUCCACGUCCACAAGAUUAUCCUGCAGCUACGUUGGCCGCAUUUCAAGCGCAUGUAUUCCGCUCAGAUGGCGGAGUAUCACACCAAGCGAAUGCACAUCCCCGAACCUUACUCCGUCGUGCGUGCGUUUCUGUACUUCCUGUACACCGACAGCAUCGCCGGCCACCCCGAGUAUUGCUCGAGUAUAAAUGAUGUAGCUGGCAUGCUGGUGAUGGCGAAUCUAUAUGACAUGCCUAAACUCCGCCUUCUCUGUGUGAACAGGCUGAGCUACGAACUUGAUGUGGAGAACGCUGCGAUUGUAUGGGAACGAGCUGGUCGGACUAAUGAACAUUGGCUCAUGCGCCGAGCUGCUCAGUUCUGCCUGACACACUGGGGUCGCAUCGUGCGAACAGAUGGUUUCAAAUCACUCAGCCAUCAGAGCUUGAUCGAGUUAUGCGAGGUAGUGGAUGCCGAAGGUCGUAUCAUCGCUGGGCCGGACCUUGAAAUGGUGGGUGCGUUUGGCGCGGAUGGACAAUGCGAGCGGGACUCGAAGAAUGCUCAAUUGCGGUUAGGGUCGACGGCGGACGAGUAUUCAGAAGUGGACGGCGAUGACGAAGGAAUGGAGCUAUCAUGA